AUGGCUCAUGCAGUUCAAGUUGCUGCUCAAAUUGAGGAAGAAGCUAAAAAGAAGACUUCUAUGAGAUUUACAACCACUUCCUAUGGUAAGAAUGAAAGGCCAGCUAUUGAGUUGAGUAAAGAAGGAAUGUCAGUCCAUUCACAACCUUUCAAACAUCCUGAUGGUUCAAAACCACCUUCUUCUUAUAUAAUCCCUACCAAAGGAAAGGAAGCUGCAGAACAAGAAUCUGAUUUGGACGGAAAUUCUUUUGAUUUUGGGCCUUAUGAGGCGGAUGACCUUGUCGAUGAUGAGGAUGCAAUCACAUGA